GGCCGGGCAUGCCGGGAGCCCCUGGGGCAGCCGCUGCCGCCACCGCCGCCGCCACCGCCGCCACCGCGUCCGCCGCCGGUGCGCGCCGCUGACGCGCGGAGAUGAAAUUCCCGGGCUCCGUGCUGGCGUCCGUGUUCCUGUUCGUGGCCGAGACGACGACGGCGCUGUACCUGAGCAGCACCUACCGCUCGCGCGGGGACGGCAUGUGGCAGGCACUGACGCUGCUCUUCUCGCUGCUGCCCUGCGCGCUUGUGCAGCUCACGCUCCUCUUCGUGCACCGUGACUUCAGCCGCGACCGGCCGCUCGUGCUGCUGCUGCACCUGCUGCAGCUCGGGCCCCUCUUCAGGUGUUUCGAAGUCUUUUGCAUCUAUUGUCAGUCAGGCCGCAUUGAAGAGCCUUAUGUCAGCAUCACCAGGAAGCGACAGAUGCCAAAAAAUGGCCUCUCAGAGGAGAUCGAAAAGGAAGUGGGCCAGGCAGAGGGCAAGCUCUUCACCCACCGAUCUGCGUUCAGCCGCGCGUCGGUGAUCCAGGCUUUCCUAGGCUCAGCCCCCCAGCUGACCCUGCAGCUGUACAUAAGCACCCUGCAGCAGCAUGUCACUGUCUCAAGAGGUGUCUUCAUGGGCCUCUCCCUGUUGUCCAUUGUGUACGGAGCCCUGCGCUGCAAUAUCCUGGCCAUCAAGAUCAAAUACGAUGAAUACGAGGUCAAAGUGAAGCCGCUGGCCUAUGUGUGCAUCUUCCUCUGGAGGAGCUUUGAGAUCGCCACUCGCGUCAUUGUCCUGGUCCUCUUCACCUCCGUCCUGAAGGCCUGGGUGGUGAUAGACAUCCUCAUCAACUUCCUCAGCUUCUUCUUCUACCCCUGGAUCCUCUUCUGGUGCAGCGGCUCCCCUUUCCCCGAGAACAUCGAGAAGGCCCUCAGUCGGGUGGGCACCACCAUCGUGCUGGGCUUCCUCACCUUACUCUACGCCGGCAUCAACAUGUUCUGCUGGUCAGCUGUGCAGCUGAAAAUCAACAGCCCCGACCUCAUCAGCAAGUCCCAGAACUGGUACCGGCUCCUGGUGUACUACAUGCUGAGGUUCAUUGAGAACGCCUUCCUCCUCCUCCUGUGGUAUCUUUACAAGACGGACAUCUACAUGUACGUGUGCGCGCCUCUGCUGAUGCUGCAGCUGCUCGUCGGCUACUGCACAGCCAUCCUGUUCAUGGUCGUGUUCUACCAGUUCUUCCACCCUUGCAAAAAGCUCUUUUCCUCUAGCGUUUCUGAAAGCGUUCAGAAGUGGUUCGCGUGCGCUUGCUCCGACUGCCGGCCGCAGCGGUCCUGCGAGUCUGCAGAAAAGUCCGAUCUGAGGUCCCCCGCGGACAGAGAAGAGACACCUUCCAGCAGUAAAAUAAGUUCAGUGCCCAGCCAGAUCUUGAACGCCGAUGAGUUCAGUGCUGCCUAGGAGGACCCGAGUCUCUUGGGGGCACAGACGCAUGGUUUGCCUAGGUUGAUCCCUGUCCUUCAUUCAGCCGAUGGGCCCUGCGCGGUGAGCAAAGCAGGAUGUUAGCUCUCAACUCCCUGUGAGUCACUCCCCUUUCGAGAGCUCUUGGGCGGGCAUGUGGGAGCCGUGGAAAGGAGCCAGGGAAGCCCCCGAGUGUGGAAGGGGCGGCCUAAGGCACCACCAUUCGCAGCUGACCAUGUGCUCCCAGCCGUUCCUGGCCUUUUCAUUGACAAAGUACCCGUGGCAGCUGAGUUGGCUGCUUAGAUCCAUCAUGUAGAAUGAGGGCAGGGGCUUUCUUGUCUUCUAGUUUUCCGGACUGCUGGUCCCGGUAGCCUACUGUUUUAUUAGCUUAAUUUUCACCCAGGAGCUGUCUGAUGAUCGGAGAUGGUCACUGGGGUUUUGCCGUCAGUCCCAUCACUCCUGUCAAGAGUUUUCAGGGAGGGCUGUUGAAGUUUGGUUUUGGCACAGACAGAUGUUCCAUUUUCAUCUCCCUCGGGCUCUUUGUACAUAACCAGCUGUCGCAGCCUUGUUACCUCUAAUGGAUUCAAAAGUCUGGAUUGGGAGAGUUUAUUCUCAAGGAUCCGUGGAUGUAAGAUUGAUUUCUCCAUGUGAUUAGGAAAGCCCUAGAGUUUGGGGAAAAUUGUGUUCCUUCGGUAUGUUGAAGAAACGCUUGAUCAGGAGGGCCGUUAAAGCAUCAAAGUGAUUUAGGCUUUGCUAAGCAGAAUUCUUACCUUCUUGUGGUGGUUGAAGGUGUGAAUCUGCGAGAAGGUAGGCUUAAGUAUCAGUUCAGGGAAAUUUUCAGUAGAUUUUAUUAGGAUUUGCCUUCUUAAGAAAGAAGAAAAUCAAACUCAUAGUCUUUACUCCACUUCUUCCUUGCCUGCGGGAAAGUUUUAGACAAGAGUUACCUUGGUUAACUUUGUUUGUUUGUCUGUUUAAGAAAACUCCACACCUGGCCUAGGUUACACAGGGAUUUUAAUUUUCAUAAUUUGAAGGGAACGGGUUCCACCUGUCAGACACUGACUCAGAAACUUUGAAAUUUUAGAAAGAGAUGACAUGACCAGAAGCUUUUUAUCUUUAACUACAUGCACUUUGAUUUAGCAGGAUUGAGUUAACUUGAACAAGAACUCCGGUUUCAUCCCUCCUCCACUCUCCUGUCUUCAGCAGAAGUUCUCCUUUAAUCUGGAACCCUGUUUCUUUCAUAGGAUUAUGGGACAUGUCCUCAGUUGUCCUGGGAAAAUGCCUGGAUCUAGUGCCAUUAUUUCUACCAAGAAAAACCUUGAUCAUGAAAUACCUGGGAGCAGGUGACUUGUCACUGGUCUGGCUGGACAUUGCAGCUCCAUUAGGGUUGACAGUCUUAAGACCCCUAAUGGCUGAACUUUCUGCCCCAUCCAGUUUCUGACAGCUGGUCUAGGAGGGGACAGGUUAAGAUGGUGAGUUUGAGCAGGAGUUGUAGUCAGAAUUAGACAAGGAUGGAGAGACUGGAAUUUCCCCAGCCUGGGUUUUAGAAGCCUUCUCAAGAACCACUGUAAAAUCUGAGCCUUCAAAUACAUUUAGAGUCAUUUUAAUAGAGGAUAUAGGUAAGCGUCUUGAGUGACCCCAAACCAAACUAACAGCGAUGGUCUUUCAGACUCCCAAAGCCCUGUUCUAAACCAGGUUCAUAGGGAUAAAGAGGUUUAGUAACAGAAACGGCUGUUUUUCCCUCUUUAACUCUUGAUAUGCAGAUAGCCCAGCUUUGGGGCCAUACAUGUCUAAUCACUCUGAGGAAGAAAAACCACUGGUUUUUUUCCUUCAUGGUGAAAGUUUAAGACAUUUUGAGACACGAACUGAGAAAUUUUGUUUUAAAAUUACCCCCGAAAUGGUAAGAACUUGGUUACCCUAAAGACAGACCAACCAGCAAAUUUCCUCCCCUCUUGAGAGUUAAAAAUGUAUUUUUCAGUCAUAAUUCCAACUUUCAGAACUCACUGCUUUGUCUAAUUAAUUCCACGCCGUAACAUGACAGAUGCUCCACCCGAGUCCGUGUCACUUGGCCGGGCGGAGGUGACGCAUUCCCUCCCAGUGUAUGGACACGAGAUCAGCAAACAAAUUGAGCCUUUGUUCAUUACUGGAGACAGUGCAGCACAGAGGUGGGCAUCUCCCUGUCCAACCCUACAAGUUACUUCAUUGCUCUCUGUAUGCCUCAGUUUCCUCACCCACCAAAUUUGCAUGAUAUACUUGCCCAGCCUACCUCACAAGCUUGUCAGGAAGAACAAAUUAAAUAAUAGGUGUGAAAAUGCUUUGAAAAUAUUUUUAAAGUGCCAUACAUGCUUAAAGAAGAUGUUAUUAUAGUCAUUCAAAUCCAUAGACAGGUUAUUGUUAUUUUUUUACUGUUAGAAAAGAAGCAAGUAGGAUCAUUCACGUGAGCGGAGGGACCCCCGUCGGCCUUUGGCCUCGUGGAAGGGCGAGUUGAAAUGGUCUUUAUUUUUGGAGAGAACUCAGCAGUCGCCCUUUCCCUUACCAUCAGUUGCUGACAAAAAUUAGUGCCCCAGCAUAUGGUCCUUGGAAGGAAGAGACCCACUGAAAUCUGAGAAAUUGCUUUUGAUAGCAAACGAGCUUCUCAUUUUGGUAGCCGUCACCUUUCACGAAGGACAUAGCAGCAUCUUUUGUUAAUUUUGCUUUACAAUUGGAAUGCCUGAUCCGGAAGACUUUAAUUGAAUGUGGGCAUAAUCUUUUCAGCCUUGUAAAUGGGGAAAUGAAAAUCACAAUUGAUUGUCAAAUACAGCAUUUCCUUGGAAACCACCUUAGAACAUGAGUGCCAUGGUUAUGAGUGUACGUGUCAGUACUUCUCAACCAGUACAUUGCGGAUGUGUGCGUUUGCAGGCUGCUUCUCUGCAGCCACUCACUCUAAGGAAUAUUGCUUCUGUUUCUUCAUAUAAUAAAUUAAUUUUUCAAUUUC